AUUUUAUUUCGAACGGUGUACGUUCGAUCUAAUGUGAGAAGCCCGCCCCGCGCAUGCGCCUUGCCACUUUCGCUACGUUUUUGCGUUUGCCACUACACUUUUGAAGAUCUGUGGACCUACAAAAGUUCAGAAAAUUUCUCCUUUUUCGACCAAAACAUCAUGAAGGAUUCGGAGAAAGUGGAGCCUGCGGGCUCCUGCACAAAGAGGAAAACUGGCGAGCCUGCGGGCCCAAGCCAAAAGAAGAAAUUGUCUGUCGAUCCUGCGGGGUCAGGCAUUGUUUCUCGGGACCACGCCGUGAGCGGGUCCUCCGCCGGAGCUUCGGGUGCGCCCGGGACUACAGCCGCCGCUACAGCUACCGCUGCCGCCAAGGGAGGGAGCUCAAGCUCGCCCGGUACGGCAAGUACCGGUUCCGCGGAGCCAGGUAUGAAGAAAACUAAGAAUAUAAGUUUGGUAAGCAGGAUGGGAAAACUUGAGGAGGAGUUGAAACGCUCCCGGGAGGAGCGGAUAGAGAUCAAGUCUAUGUUAGAGACUUUGUGCUCACAGUCACAAACAAAACCUCAGACUCAGAGUGAUAAACAAAAAUCUAGAUUUAGGCCUGGUGGUGCAGGCAGUGCACGUACUCACAGGUUUGAGCGGGAUCAUACGCGUGAUUAUGACCCUGAAGAAUAUGAUUAUGGGGAUGUUUAUGAACAUGCAGACUAUGGAGAACAUGAUUAUGAUUAUGAUAGAUCUACUCAAAUGGACGUAGAUAUAGAGAUGGGGUACCCAGACUCUCCUACUUACGCAUCCUCUGAAACUAUGCAGCCGGUUGACACUGCUCCAGAUCAGCAGGUUGAAGUUGCCAAGAAACGAAGACUGACUAAACAUGUAACUGAUGCUAAUACCCUGCAAACUGAUGAAGGUCAGGAAGAAAUUGGGUUCGCUUCUAGGUUCGCUGUCUCUGCUGAGGUAGGCGACGUUCUCGGAUCUGAGCACGCACGAAGUGUUGAUUUUCUUCUUACACACCCACUCGAGGAAAAAUAUUUGGCAGGGACAUGCGAGAAGUAUAUGAGACCUGCUAACUCCACUCACCUGCUAGUUCCUCGAGUUAACCCGUUGGUUUGGGAUAAUCUGCGUCCUCAUGCCCGUACACUUGAUAUGAAAAUUCAGAGGUGCCAGAGGCCUUUAGUUAAAGGGAUUACUGCUCUUAUGAACUCCUUAAAGGACGUGCCUGAGCUGAAUGAAACCCAACAAGAUGCCGUGGCAUUGUUAGGGAAUGCACAUUUCGAACUAAACCAGCUCCGUAAAAAUUUUAUCAAACCGGAAUUGCACCCUAGAUACACUUACUUGUGCAAACCCUCUGUAAAAACCACGCAGUGGUUGUUCGGAGAUGAACUUUCCAGGACCAUAAAGGAAAUGGAUGAAGAACAAAAGGCAGUGGGAGUGAUGCGGAAGCAUCGAUAUCGAACCAAUCCCAGUCAAGGGCCGGUUGCAGCUGGAGGAUUUGCCAGGCCUUUUGCAAAGCCGUAUGCUAAACCCAGCCAGAGAUACCAGGAUGCUGGAUGGGUGUCAUCUUCAAGUUCAAGCUUGGGACACCAGCCUUUUUUAGGCGGAAGGCAGGGGCAGUUUGCCGCCCCGUUCCAGCAAGCACCAACCAGGGGUCACCGCCCCAUGAAACCCAAGCGGGGCAAGCCAGCCUCAACCUACCCAAAUCCAGAGAGACGGUAGAAGACAUGCCAGAAGGGCAAGCAAGACAACACAUAUCACAAAUUGUCAGGAAAGACCUCCAAGACAAGGGCCUUUCGAGAUCGACUGCAGACAUUAUCCUUGCUGCCUGGAGGCCCUCAACAACUAAGCAGUAUGCUACCUACAUUAACCAGUGGUUGGACUUUUGUCGCACACGAAAAAUUGAUUCAGUGCAAACAUCUGUGAUAGCUGUGCUAGAAUUCUUGAGUUCAUUAUAUGAGAGAGUAGGAUACAGUGCGGUUAAUACAGCUAGAUCAGCACUGGCAGCUACAGUGACUUUGUCAGAUGGUAUCAGUCUUAGUACACAUCCACUUGUUACCCGCUUCAUGAAGGGUGUGUUUAAUUUGAAGCCUCCCAGACCUAGGUAUGAAAGAACUUGGGAUGUGACAAUUGUAUUAUCUUAUUUGCGAGGAUUAUGGCCCCUGACGUCCUUAUCCCUUCAGGACUUGACAAUGAAAACUUGCAUGCUCUUAGCAUUAGUGUCUGCUCAACGACAGCAGACCCUUCACCUUCUUAGUAUCACCAGUAUGGAUGUUACAGACUCAGCAGUCACCUUUUCAGUAGAUGAACUGUUAAAAACAAGCAAACCAGGAAAAACUGGGCAGAAGUUAGUGCUUAAGAAGUAUGGACAUGACUCGCGUGUUUGCAUCUAUACGCAUUUGUUAGAAUAUGUUGGCCGUACUAGGCCUCUUAGAGGACAGGAAACCUACCUGUUUAUCAGCACCCGGAAACCACAUUGCCGUGUGUCUAGGGAUACUAUUGCCAGAUGGCUUAAGUUAGUAAUGUCUAAAGCAGGUAUAGACAUUGGGGUGUUUAAACCCCACUCCACGCGAUCUGCUGCUGCCUCUAAAGUUGGCAGGACUUUACCAGUAGAAAACAUUAUGCAUCAUGUGGGAUGGAGGUCAGAAGCAACAUUCCAGGAAUUCUAUAACAAGCCAAUAGUAGAGGAAGUUGACUCGUUUGUGUCUGCGCUCUUAGGGGAUACUG